AUGGCCGAAGCGAUCAUAGCGGACUGGCUAUCGGACUACGGUGCGUUACAGGAAUCGGAACUGCGGACGUUCGCGGCGCAGCACGAGAAUGAUUUCGAAAUCGCGAAGGCACUCUACAGCAUCCUGAACGAGCGCACCAAGUACAAGGACCUUAUUCAUCCGAUUUGCAACCAGCUGUGCAACUUUUACCGCUCGAACGAGGUGGAACUGCGCCGGUUUACGCUACAGUUUGUGCCGAUGCUGAUUUAUCUCUAUCUCAACUCGGUGGCGCUCGGUGAUAAGAAGGGUUGCCGGUCGAUCGAAACGCUCCUGAUCUGCAUCUACAACAUCGAGGUCAGCUCGGACGAUGGCAGCCCCAAGGUGGUCUCCUUUCGCAUGCCGGUGCUGGCGCAAGCAUCCGUUUACCACGAGGAAAAAAGCUUACAACCCAGCGAUCUGCGGCGGUGGGAGGAAAACAGCAACAAGGACAUCAACUGGGGCCCGCUGCCGUCGAUCGAGUCGAUAAACGCGCAGAACCGGCUUAAGGUGAUGACUGCGCUGCUGUUUACGUACAACCAGCAACUCAGCCAGAUCCAUAAGCCAGCUUUGUAUCACCUCUGCAAGACCACCUCGUUGCUGGUGAACCAGGGCUUCCCGAAGCUGCCGGGUGGCCACGUGCACCGCUCGUCCUACGGGAGCGACCCAAUCUCGCCCCAGCAACCGCUGGCGGUGCUGGCCGCACCGUCGCACGUCGUGAGGCCUCCGCCCAGGAUCGCGAUCAACGCCCAGUUCCUGGUGGAGCUGGCGCACGCCAACUACUUCGCGAUGUUCAACGAGUUUGCGUCGGCCGCCAUGGAGGCGGUCACGGAUCUGCACAGCCGCGCGUGCUACGAAAUGCUUCCCGAGGUGAUACUGGUAACGAACGCGAUACGAAACUCGCUGCACGCGAAUCCUUCCGGACAACCAUGCGACGGGCCGAUGGGUAUCAGUGUCGCACUGACGCCCGCCACCACGACGGUCACCGUGUCCAAGUCGAUGAUCACGAACGCAUCCUUCCGGACUAAGAAGUUGCCAGACGAUCUGGAGGUAGAGUUUGUCGCUGCCCUGCAGUCGGCACAGCAGGAGAUGAUGAGCAAGCUGGCGAUGAUCGAUUCUGACGUGGCGGCCAAUGGCGGCGGCUCUGGUACGGCGGCAGUGGUCGGUGGAUCGGAUCCAACGGACCCCGACAACGGCAGCCCUCGCACGGAGCCGAAAAAGAAGGAAUCGUCACGGAAGUGGAAAAACUGGGGCUGGAAAUCAAACUUGACCGGAGCGCCGCCCACUAGCGAACGCUCGGGUGGUGGUGGAACGGCCGGGCAGAAGCAGGCCAGCAUCGAGGAGGAAGCCGACUCGCCGAAACGAUCCGGUGCAUCGACGCGCAACUCGAGCCCGGCCGAUUCGCCCAAACACAAGUUGCUGCUCGGGACGGGCAAAGUGGAGGACGUGAACUCGGGCAGCAGCGUCUCACCGGCGUCGCUGCGGAGGAAGAAGUUUUUGUCCAGCAAAAACCAAUCACCGAUGAAUCGGUCAGAAGCGCGCGCCAGUGCCGGCGCUCGGCUCUACGAAGAAUUGGACAGCGGCAGCCUGCAGGAUUCGGACACGGACGAACUGGCGGCGCUGAUCGUGAACGGACGACCGGCGACCAUUCAUCUCAUACAGCAGUCCACUAUCCCCGAUGAUAUUCCAAUACAGGGUCCAAACAAGGAGGAGAACGGAGGCUUGCAACACCUGAGCAGCAUCAACGAGGAGAGCGAGGGCGGCACGGCUGACGGUGGCGGUGGCACGAAAGCGGGCGCCGCGUCGACUCCGGGCAAACCGAAGGACUCCAAAACCCAUAAGGUGCUGGUUGGCUUCAAGAAGCUGAAACCGGAAAAGGAUAAAGACAAGGACAAGGACAAGGAGCGGGACAAAGAGAAAGACGGUGGCGGUACCAUUCCGGCCAUGCUGCUUUCGGGUGGCGUAACCGGUGCUACCGUGGGCGCUGGUGUCGGUUCUGGUGCAACGGUCGUCAGCGGAUCGUCGCUGGUCGAGGAAGCGAAAGCCCUGAUGGCCACAACCAAGAAGAUUAAUUCUAAGGAAAAACUAAGCGCAUCCGGCAUCACUGGUGGACAACCGGCCACCCUGGUCGUCCUGUCGAACGGUAGCAUUCUGAUGGGGGCCAAUCCUUGCGGGCCGACGGCGAACGGGGACGGCACCGAUGGCGUUCCCGUGCUGACCACUCUGACGCCCGCCGGUGGAACGGCCAACGGUGGAACCUUGCUCGGGAAGCAGGCGCUCGACAACAUUGGCGAAUCGUUCGACUCGGGCAACGAGCUGCUCCAGCAGCACGGCGGCGGCGGCCACCUCGGACACAGCAACAGCAACAGCAACGGUAGCAACACCAUUAAAACCACCGUGAUGGACAUGAAGAGUCACGGCAGCAUACAAGUUAGUCAAGUCUAG